CUUACAACCACCAGCCUGCACUACUCAGUCCGCAUACCUCAUCCUGCAUAAUGUCUUCCGCGACCCAUUACGAACAGCCUCAGGAGCAAGUAUCUCGGGAGCCCUCUAUACGACCCGAUGACGACCAGCCGAAGAAGUCUGGAAGUUCCCCCAAACUCCCGGACCUUGACUUGCCUCAAUCUGACUUGGACCUCACGAUGACCUUUGAGUCUAUUCUAUCGGAACCGCAGUCGCGCGAUGACGAACCCGAAAUACAAAAGGUGCAGAAACGCGCGAGCAACGUGCUCAAGCUCACACAGGAGAACGAGAAACUGCAGGCAGAGCUGCGCGCGAUGACAGAGCGGCUGGAGGCGGCAGAACGGAAGCAGCGAGAGCUGAGCCAGCGCGCGGCGCGUUCGCAGGAGAGACCUGCGCAAGCGUCGUGACACGCCCUAUACCAUCUUCUACCGGCCUUUUUGCACUCGCCCAGACUGGCCCUGUCAUACCCCGCCAUAUAGUCGUGUUCCUGGUCCAUAUCGGAUGCAGUAGGAUCUCCAUACACGCUACACGAAACUGUAUACAUUGCCCGCUGGCAGUUUCGACAUCAGCAUUCUGUUUUAGUUGUACCAUAGCUGCGGUAACUGCCUGGAGU